AUGGAUUUUAAAAAGUUGUGUUACAGAAAUAUAAUUUAUCGACUUGAUGGCGAAACCUGGGCUACAGCGUUUGCAAAGUAAGUGAUACGAUCAACACCCCAAAACUAAGUAAAUACAGUGAAACUUCUGUAUAACAAACUCAUUCGUAACAAAAUCCUGUAUAGCGAACGACUCAUACCUCCGUCUAUCACUACACAGUGCAUGUAAAACUACUGCAUAAUGAAACUCUCUUAUAACGAACAAGUUUUAUAUUCUCAAACGAUUAAUUAUGCGGGAGUUCCGUUGUACCUUUAAAACAUUAUAGUACGGUAGAACCCUCGUAUAAAAAAUCACUCGAGAAUUUAAAAGCUGCUUGUUGUACAGGAUUAUCGUUAUAUUAAGGUGAACCAAAAGUAGCGGAACAUUUUUUCAUUGGUUUUUUAAUUGACAAAAGUCCCGCUACUUUUGGUUCAAUCUAUGCGAUAUUUUCUUUCCUGCUAAUCAAUUUAAAAACAGACAAUACCUUUAAUAUGUUAACAAAAUAUCAAUUCGCGUCUUGACAACUAUUCAUCAUUCUUUCAGUACUCCAACUCGUCGACUAGAUGAAACGAUUGAUACUAUACCACAUUUGAAACUUUUGGAACAAUCGAUUUGUUGUCCUCACACCGGCACAAUAGCGGUGCUUUUAGAGAAGAACCAUGUUUUGUUAACCAACAUCGACUUUGCAAAGAAAGUUUUCGAACUCCUCGACUUUCAACACCUCACGGGCAACAUAACGAACGUUCAGCUUAUCAACAAAUCGACAAAACUUAUAAUCGGCACAACGCACGCCUACGUUGUUUACGAUUUAAUCAACAAAACUACAGUAAAAGUCUACCCUGUAUCUCGUCAUGAUGCUUGCGAUGGUUCCACGUUGCACUACUACAAGAAUGGUAUCUUAGUAGAUCUGUACAAUCAAAAAGAAUACAAACUUGAAACUCGCAGAAUACCAGGAUUACCCACGAUUAAAAGUGCCGAUUCCUACGGUUACAGUAAAUACGUUGGGUACGUGGAUAUUGAAGGAAAUUUUCUUGUAAUUAACAAUAAAACGGGCAAAAAGCAAGCCUUAGAUAUCAAUAACUGGAGCUACGGCGAUGAAAUAUUAAUUUUAGACAACGUAGAUCAACUCAUAGUAGAUGGUAUGUUAAUCUUCAAAACACUAAUUUACAAAAACUUUCGAGAACUUUCAACUAUUUCCACUAAAAGUCAAAAAAGGACAAAGAUAAACUUGAAAGAUAAGGAAGCUCAAAGCGUCAUUUUUUAAUUUUCUCGAACAACUGGAAAGCGCAAUUUAGUACUGUGCUGAAGGUUUUAUAUUUAAAUGAUCUUUCUAUCAAAAAAUUUUUAAAGUCAAUCAGAGCGGGACAGGUUGGGUAAUUUCCUUGUGUGUAAGAUGAAUUAACAUUUACAGGAAGUGAUUAUUUAAAAAUUUACGAAGACAAACAUUGCUCAUUCGUAAAAAAACCAGGCCUCCCAUACAACACAUUCAGUUUAUUGAACGACAUACUCUUUCAAGGAGACAAGUCGGUAAGAACAACGGCUUUUUACAUUCACAAAAACAUUUUAUGUUCAUGUUUUUGGCUGAAAAAAAGAGUUUUAAAAGCUGGCCCGUGUGCCAAUUUUAGGUGCAAACCCUUAACUUUUCAAUUUCAGUUUCUUCGACGUAAUCAGAAAACACAAGGCAUAGACAUUUUAAAACAAAUCCUAAGCUCGCAAAUUCUCACCAACGUAUUUUUCGUUGAUACGCUUCCUUUCGUUACAACGUACUACCUUAGCGGCAAGUGCGGCAGAAAGCCUUUGGUACAUUUAGACUGGUCGACAGGUAAGCCCGGCUCCUGGUUUUUAGACAAUAUUAUCAGAAAUCAAGUAUUUAUACAAUGCCUUGGUUGA